UCUGCGCUUAAACACAAGAAACUGUACAACUCUGGCCCCCACCCCCAAGGCAGUUUCAUUUAUGAGUUGAAUCCUGCGAGAGUCUGAUGAGGUGGAGAUAGCAGAAGAGACUGUCAGUGAACAUAUCCAAUACUGGAGCAUUUGAAGGAGAAGCCAAGGAUUCAAUUACCAAGAAACUGAAGGAGGAAGCCACCUGCUCCAGCUGCCUGCAGCUGAUGACUGAUCCAGUGGUUAUUGACCAGGGGCAUAGCUUCUGCUAUGUGUGCAUAAAGGACAUCACUUAGAAUCAGUAAAGGGAGAAACCAACAGGUGGGAUAUGUGUCUGUGCUCAGUGUAUGCACACAUUUCAAAUAGGGAGCCCCAGACCCAACAAGAAGCUGCAAAGCAUCAUUGAAACUGUCAAGAACAUGAACUGUAAAAAGUUGUGUGAGGAACAUGGAGAGACGCUUCACUUCUGUGAAGAUGACCAGUUCAUCUGCUUGUGCUGUGAACAAAAACCACAGCACAAAGGACAUGUCUUGGUUCUUGCUGAAGACGUCUGCCAAGACUACAAGGAAAAGCUACAGAAAGCAAUGACAAAAUUGAGAGAAAAUGAGUCUCAAUGUAACAACCUAAAGUUGUUUCAACAAAAACAGAGAACUGAAUGGGAGGAGAAGAUCAAGCUUCAGAGACAAAAAAUCCAGUCUGAAUUUCAGAAUCUUCGUAGUUUUCUGCACAAGGAGGAGAAGCAUUUUCUAAGGAGGCUGGGGGAAGAAGAGGAGCAAAUUCUGUGUCAACUGCAGGAAGGUGAAGACAAGCUGGAAAAACAAAACCAGGAACUGCAAAACCACGUCCUGGAACUUGAGAGGAAAUGUCAGGACUCAAUCCAGAAUUUGAUGAAGUCUGCGUGACUCUGGAUCCAGAUACCACUCAUAAUGACCUAUUUGUGUCUGAGGACGGGAGAAAGGUGACUGGUGGCUGUCCCCAGGAGAAGCCACUCUCUGCCAGUAGAUUUACCUUCUACCACUCUGUCCUGGGCUGUGAAGGCUUCACCUCAGGAAGACAUUUCUUUGAAGUGUGUGUCGGAGAAGAAAGUCAACUGUGUGCAUUAGGAGUUUGUCUGGCCAAUGUGCAGAGAGACAUCAAUGUGAGGCUAAAGCCCGAGUGUGGAUUCUGGGCCAUCAGCCAGAAUAAAGACAAAGGCUUACAAGUUCUUACCGGGCGAGGACCUCCCCCUCCCCCCCCCCCCCCCUUCAGGAGCGUCUUUCCAUUGUGGGGGUUUUUGUGAACUAUGAGGCUGGACUUGUCUCCUUUUACAACAUGAAAACUGGCUCCCACAUCUUCACCUUCCCCAAAGCUUCCUUCUCUCACAUUCUCCUGCCCUUUUUCAUGGUCUUCCCAUCAUCUUCUCUGAUCAUGUCUCCUCCAGAUAUGUUGGGAAAGAAGCAAAGUCCUCCACAGACUCUCCAGGACAGAGGAUUUGUGAGGCAAAUCCCUAGGAACCAUUUUUUUAAAUAAAAAAUUUAUUGGCUCCCCAUGAGAUGCAUUUACAAACUUGCAUGAUUGCAUUUCAUUCGAAUAAUGCUCAAGCACCCAUUUCUCCACCAGUGCACAUUUUCCACCACCAUUGUUCCCAGUGUUCCACCUGCCUCUGCUGCCCCACCUUACACCCUGCCUCUGUAGCAGGU